GACGCUUCGUUGUUGCUAAGAAACAAACGGUGCCAUUUGUUUAGUGCUAACUGAGUUAGGAGUUCAGUCUAAUCCUUGCUAAAAUCACUUAUGCCUCCAAACUCUUUGGUGAUUGUGCGAUAUGGCCCGUAUGAAUCGUGUGGCACCGUGGAAUACCGAACUUUCCGUCUGGAGGGCCUUGAAGCCGCCUUGACAGAGGAUGGCCAUCGCUGCGUCCUCGAGAAAAUACAAGACUGGAACAAAGUGGAGCUUGUUGUCAAUGGUGAAUGUGUUUUUGCAUGCAACAUACGGGAUCUUGAAUUUGGAGGUGAUGGCAGACUGGAUCCACUUUGCCAGGACGCGAAAAGCGCUGUGAAGGACGCAUACUGAGCGGCUGGGUGGAAAUUCCUGCAUGUUUUAUCCGUAUAUAAUCAGAGGAAUCUUUUAUACAAUAUAAAAAUUAUAUUUUUUGUAAAAACGAAACGAAACAAAACACAAGGGAAUAAGUAGAAUGCGAUUUCAGAUGCUAUAGUGUUAUGACUGUUAACUCAUCCUGUAUAAAGUAAAACUUUUAAAAUUCAGCUGCUUAGCCUACCUCAAAACCUUUCAUCUGGUCUGUCAAUGUCAUCUCUUCACGCAGAUUCCAGGCUGCAAUCCAGGUAAUGGAGAUGCAUCUAAACUUCAUUUUAAAAAUCCAAGUAUUAAACAGAAAUGCAGUUGCUAGUUGCAGAUUUGCUGGCUGUAUCCAGACACUGGAUCAUGUGCAUACAUCAUAACUCAUCAAAAAGUUUACAGUAGACCCCUGUAUAACACAAAGA